AUGAAUUCAUAAAUUAAAAAUUUUCAUGCUCUUUAAAAGACAAUAAUAUGGAAACAAUCGAAAAAAUGGGAUAAUUAGAAAUAUCAAAUAGUUAAAGAGAAAAUUCAAAUUACAAUAUACAAAAAUAAUGAAAUCAUUUACUCAGCAUCUGAUGGAGAAAUUCUAAGAAUGUAAACAAAAUUUCAAUUAUUAAAUAGAGAAUACUCAAAAGAGAAUUUAAAAAGCCAUUUCCUAUUCAAUAAUCUAGAAUAAAUCAAAAAUUUACAAUGGUCUAUCGAAUAUCGAUAAAAUAGUAAAAAAUCCGUAAAAUGGAGUGCUACUUGGUGUGGAGAAAUUUUAAAAGGAGUUGGUGGAUACAUUAAUGAUGGAUUAAAAUAAGGUGUUUGGAAGGAGUUAAUCUACAAUUAUUCGAGGUUUAUAAGUUAUUUAUUAUCAUAAUUAUAGUCAAGCUAAAAUAUAUGAAAUUGGGGAAUAUUAUAAUGAUAAAAAAAANGUACCAUUAGGUUAAAAUUAUACAGAAUUUAUGCAGCUUCAUAACCAUAAAAUUUAGCUUUUUAUUAUCCUGUCUUAACACGGCAUAAAUGGAUAGGCUUAUCAUAGGUGCAAAAUGCUAAUAGAGUACCAUAAGGAGAGAAUAGAAUAAAAUAAAUAAUAUAACCGAUUCAAAUUUCUCGAUCUUCCCAAAGAAAUUCCUGAAAAGAAAAACAGUUAUUAUUUUUUCCUUCUCAUUUCAUAAUAAAAUUGA